CGCGCCGCGCCGUGCACACCGCCGGGCCGGGCCGGGCCGCGCCGCUCUCGGAGUCGGACGGCACCGCCAGAGCCCGAGCCCUUUCCAGGCCUUUCGCCCCGCUCGGGGAAGGCUAGCGCGGCGCUAUGGGAGCUGUAGUCCUGGGCGGCGGCCGCGCGGCGCUAUGGGAGCUGUAGUCCUGGGCGGCGGCCGCGCGGCGCUAUGGGAGCUGUAGUCCUGGGCGGCGGCCGCGCGGCGCUAUGGGAGCUGUAGUCCUGGGCGGCGGCCGCGGGGCGCGAGGUGCGGGGCGGCGCUGUGCCGUUGUGCCGUGGGGCAGCGCGGCGACCGCCCGCGUCCCGCCGCUGCUGAGAUGGGGGCGUGCGGGAGGCGCCCUCCUUGCCCGGCAGCGGUACAGCCCCGGCCUCUCGAGGGAACGUGGAGACAGAGCCGCUUUUGUUCGCGGACUGCAGCCAGAACCGCCGGGCCGGGCGGGCCUCCCCGGGAGCAGCCAAAUCCCAGUCAGAUGAGGAGCUCAGCCGGCGGCUUUGCGCCAGCUCCGUGGUCUGUGGUUUCGGGGAAGAAGCUGGGGCUCUAGCUGUGAGCAGCAGGAGGUAUGACGCGGAGGCACAAGGUAACUGCCUGUCAUUUUCCUUAGCUGAGGUCUGUAGCUAACUGGUGACUGAAGGGUAUGUUUUCUGCUCCGAUGUAAAUGAAGAAAGUGGUAUGAAAUGUCUUACUGGGGAAACUUGCUGUUGUGAGCUACUUAACUGCUGUCGUGGCUUUGUAAGACUUAAUGGACGCUGGACGGUUCCAUCCUAAGAAAGUCGUGAACUGUUGAGAAGAAUCCCAUUGGCUAGAGGUGGACCCAAAAUUCUUUGUUUUCAUACAAUAACAGCUUCAUCUCUUUGGCACCUUUUGUUCCUGUAGUGUAGUUUACUAAAAUUUUGCAAAGGAAAUCUAAUUCAGCCCAUGGUGAGAACGGAGUACCAGCCCCUACUGAGAGGGUCUAGCAUGCGCAGCAAGGUAAGCAGAACGUUCGUGGCCUCUGAGGAUGGAUCCUGCAGAAAGUUUUUAGCUUUAACAGUGAUUCAUGAUUGUGACAUUUCCUUAUUUUCACAUUUAUUUUUAGGUCAUGAUUAGGCUUGUAAAGUUUUGUAUUGUCCUUAGACUGCAAUCCGUGUCAUAAAAUGGAAGUUGUAAAAGCAUGUUUUGCGAUUCUUAUGUUCUUAUAUUGAAUGUUAAACUGUUUUUUGUUUGUGGCAUAUUUCUAAAAUGAGGUGGAAGUGAUAAGGCUGUUGUCCAUGCUCUAAGAAAUCUGGGCUCAAACUCCAAUGUGACACAACCUGUGAUGGUUAAUGAGCAGACUGUUUUGGACAGGAAGAAGAAUGGAGGUGUCAAAAAAACAUAUGAUUUUCCCAGCUGGACCUUAUUUCUGGCUGUUUGCGCUGUGGGAAUUGGAGGGACCUUUCAGUAUGGAUAUAAUGUUUCCAUUAUCAAUGCACCCACCCAGCAUAUUCACAGGUUCUUAAAUGAAACCUGGAUUAGUCGUUAUCGCAUGGAAUUAAGUCCAGAUUUGUUGACUUUUCUUUGGUCUGUCAUUGCUUCUAUAUUUUCACUUGGAGGUCUGUGUGGAGCCCUUAUUGGAGGCAGCAUGGCAAUUCGGCUAGGCAGGAAAGGAGCUCUUUUGAUGAAUAAUAUUAUUGCAGUACUGGCUGCCGUUUUAAUGGGGAUCAGUUUUCCUACUGGUUUGUUUGAGUUACUGAUUGUUGGAAGAUUUUUGAUUGGUAUAAAUUCAGGUAUUGGGAUCUGUGUGCAACCUCUGUAUAUUGGGGAGGUUGCCCCAAAACACCUUAGAGGUGGCAUGGCCAUGGGUAGUUCCAUCUUUCUGACUGGGGGGAUUCUGACAGGACAAAUAAUCGGUUUGAGGGAAUUAUUAGGUGGAGAAAUGUAUUGGCCUCUUUUGCUAUCCAGCAGCUCUUUUCCAGCAUUUGCCCAACUUUUAUUCCUGCCAUGGUUUCCUGAAAGUCCCAGAUAUCUUCUUAUUGACAGAGGUGAUGAGCUGAGCUGUGCCAAAGCUUUGAAGCGAUUUCAUGGCUCUUUGCAGUAUCAAAGGGAGAUGGAAGACAUACAGCAGGAAUAUUUUGCCUUAGAUGGGGAGAAACCCAGGAAGCCCUGGCAACUAUUCACUGAUCGUGGUGUGAGAUGGCAGCUCAUUACUGUGAUUGUCAUGACUAUGGGCCAGCAGCUCAGUGGGAUAAAUGCUAUUUAUUUCUAUGCAACUUACAUUUUUGAACAAGCUGGGAUCUCAGCAGAAAAAAUCCCAUAUGUGACACUUGGCACUGGAGCUUGUGAAUGUCUCACAGCCCUCACUUGUGGUUUACUGAUUGACUACGUGGGAAGAAGAUAUCUUAUCAUUGGGGGAUACCUCCUUAUGAUCCUCUGGAGCAUUGUUUUAACAUUCUCUCUGACUUACCAGGAACUGUACUCAUGGGUGCCUUAUGUGAGCAUGACAUCUAUAUUUGCCUUCAUACUGAGCUUUGGGUUGGGACCAGGUAUCACACAGUAAAGAAUGUUUUAAAGUGCUGAACUGUGUCUUGGAGGGUGGAGGGAGGAAUGUCUGCAGCUCUGCUGUGUAAGCCAAGCAGUAGCUAUUUACUGUAUGGCUGCUGAUGCUCUCUGGUUAAGGAAUGCAAGUGAGGCAGUCUUAUCAAAAUGGUAUAGUUUCAGUCUAUAUAGCCUGAAACUGAGGCUUGCAGUGCAUUCUUGGCAGGGCCAGCUACGCAUGAGACAGGAGUCUUAGUUCUGGCCAUUAAUUCAGUCAAGCCAUACAGGAAGCAAGGGAAAAAAACUGUUAUGCUUUUUAAAGGAAUUCUUGCUCCUUGGCAGUUGUGCUGAA